AUGUUGCUCCUCAGCGUAUCUUCUCACGAGACUUUCAGGAUCAAGCGAUUCCUGGCCAAGAAACGAAAGCAGAAUCGUCCCAUUCCCCAAUGGAUUCGAAUGGAAACUGGUAAUAAAAUCAGGUACAACUCCAAGAGAAGACAUUGGAGAAGAACCAAGUUGGGUCUAUAA